UCUGAGACAAUGGAGAUUGUUAAGACUCUGUCUUUUAUUGUUUUCUUCAACUACAUUAAGUGUGAGUCUCUCCAGACAAGUUUACUACAUGCAGCCAGGCAGCACAGUGACCGCCAGGAUCACCUGAAGGAGAACUUAUCAGUCACGGCCAGCAUUAUGGUUGCUCAGUUUCUUCAGGAUGCAGCGUAUGAAGAAGUCCACAGCAUAGCUAAAGGGCUCCUGGAUCUGGCUGCAAAGUGUGAGAGUCUCAAACCGCACGAGUCACCUUCAGAGUGUGCUCACCAACUGAUGGCCGCUUUCCUUACACAUAUUUGCAAUAACCAAGGACUGGUAGACAGCCACGUGCUCACUGACUGCUGUAAAAGGAAAAGUACAGCAAGACUCAAGUGCUUCCUGUCCUAUAAGAAAGAUGACGCAGACAGCAGCUAUUCACUCCUGACUCCGAGGCCUGAGCUGACCUGUGAGAAGGGUGGGGAGAAAAACGGCUCCCUGAAGGCGAGGUACAGCUAUGAAACUUCUAGAAGACAUCCAUUUUUAUAUGGGCCUACUGUCUUGACCAUGUCUGCUUGCUAUGAAACAGCUGUUCAGUCAUGUUGUCAAGAGGAAAAUAAAACAGAGUGCCUGCAGACAAAGCUAGAACCCAUCAGAAAAUAUGUUAGAGGAAUAUCUGCAAGACAUCGUCAUCUGUGUGAAAUUGGGAUGAAAUUCGAUGACAAAGUAGAAAGAGCAGUAGAAUUGAUUCUGCUCACUAAGAAACAACCUAAAGCUAAUUUUUCUGAAAUUGUCAAAUUGACCACGGAUGUUAAAAAUCUACAUGAGACCUGUUGUGAGGGAAACACAGUAGCGUGUGCACUGGGCAGGCGCCAGCUUAUGAACUAUACCUGCUCUAACCAGGCCCUUUUAUCCAGCAAAUUUGCUGAGUGCUGCGAACAGCCGGAACCAUUCCGUGGGGAAUGCGUCAUCAGCUCAGAAAAUGAUGACAGACCCAACCUUUCGCCCCUGCCGCUCAAAAGGUUUACAGAGGAGCAGUCUGUGUGCGAACGUUUUGUUGGCGAGCCGGACAGCCUUCUGCAAGAGUUUCUUUAUGAAUAUUCAAGAAGACACCUGGAGUUGGCAGUUCCAGUGAUUUUAAGAGUGUUUGCAACAUAUGAACUGUUACUGGAGAAAUGCUGCAAGUUAAAAAACCCUUUGGAAUGCCACAGCCGGGGGAAAGAGAUGUUCCAAAGAGUGGUACUUGAAAGCCGUGACCGUGUCAAAACUCAGUGUGACUUAUAUGAGAAGUUGGGAGGUAGUAACUACCUGGACAGGCUCACAGUCCUUUAUACUAAGAAAGCCCCACAGCUGCCUGCGCAGGAGUUGGUGGCGUUCACGAAGAAGAUGGCUGCAGCUGCCAGCAAAUGUUGCCCACUAAGGGAUGAGCUGCAGUCGGCCUGUGUGGAGGACGAGGCGAAGCUGAUUCUUGGAGCUCUGUGCAGGAGACACGAGGCCAAGCCUGUCAAUGGUGGGGUGGGCCACUGCUGUGACAGCUCCUAUGCCUUCAGAAAGCUGUGCUUCGAUGACCUGCAAGCCGACGGGACGUACGUUUCUCCACCUUCAUCUUGUGACCAAGUCAUCAGCCUUAAAGAAGACUUGUGCCAAGGACAGCAGGAGGAACUCCAGAUUGAAAAGCAAAAGCUCCUCGGUGAGCUUGUGAAGCAGAAGCCUCACGCAGCAGAAGAGGCGGUCCAGUCCAUUGGAGUGGAUUUCACACACCUGGUGGACACGUGCUGCCGUGCGGAAAGGAGAGAAAGAUGCUUUCGAGAAGAGGGACUCCAACUGAUCAUGAGGUGCCAGUCCCUCUUAGAGGCCAACUCAUCGCAGAGCAUGUUGACGUGGGAUCAUCACUGAGAUCACCACGUGGAAAACAGGAACUAGUGGAGUGCCUUCACAGUGGCUCAGUGGGGUAGCAGAACACCCGCUGGUCCACACCAUCUCUCCUUCCCUCUUAACCAAUGGCAUACUGACCCCCGGAUCAGCUGUCAGAGUUCUCCCUCCACAAAGCCUGCCUCUCAAGUGCAGAGGCAGAGAUGUGGGCUCAAAGAACAUGCAAGGCCUCCAACCAAUUUAAUAUGCAGCCAUAUUUACUGGAAUCCGGUUGCUGGGCUCUCCUAGUGAAUGCUUCAAGGUCAACAUGGAGCUGUCUGUACCACUUCUGAG